UUCGAAAAAUAUCAGUAAGUAUUGGCAACUGAAACUAUCCAGUUAUAAUAGUUAUAAUUACCGCAAAUUCUUUAUAAAUUAACAAGAGCAAUAUGGAUUGCGGUGGAGUGUUUGUUAAAUAUGUGCUCUUUAUAUUCAAUAUAUUAUUUGUGAUAUGCGGAAUAUUACUCAUUAUAUUUGGAUCGCUUAUGGUAUCGGAAAUCAAGCACUUCUCGGACGUCGACGAAACCUUUACUGCAAAUAGUGUGGCUAUAAUAAUCCUGGUCCUGGGAUGUCUUAUCUUCCUCGUUUCAUUCCUCGGAUGCUGCGGUGCUAUUCGCGAGAACUCCUGUGGACUUACAAUGUACUCGAUCGUUAUGCUGGGUUUGUUCUUAUGCCAAAUCGCUCUGAUCAUCUAUGUUUGGGUGAAUCACGUCCAAAUACGACAAUCUCUGGAUGUUGUUGUGCAAAAGAUUUGGGAUCAACGUAAAAGUUCAGAUGGUAUCUUAAUGGAUAGCUUGCAGAGAUCGUUGAAAUGCUGUGGAUUGCACGGAUUCGCAGAUUAUGGUACUACUUAUCCCGCUUCUUGCUGUGAUUCCCCGAAUAACGGAUAUUGUAGUUUGACAUCUGUGAUGUUCAGACCCGGUUGCAAGUCGGCUGUUGACUCCUUAUGGGACACAAAUGCGAACAUUAUCAAGUAUGCUGGUCUGGGAGUGCUUGCAGUUGAGUUGGUCGCCUUCAUAUUUGCUUGCUGCUUGGCGAAUCAAACACGAAACAAUCUAAGAAGACAAAAUUAUUAACCAAUUUCUUUUUAAAUAUAUGUAUAUAAACAACAAGGUAUACCUUGAAUGUCAAUUUCCAGCUUUGAUAUCUCUCAUAUUGCUCGUUUACACAUGUUUCCUUUACUAUAUGAAUGUAUUUAUGUAUUUGCAAAUGUAAUAAUUAUUGAAAUUGUGUUACUAUAAAUAAAUAAAGCGAAUCGAAAUAA